GGGAUUUGGCAAAUUGCAAGAUCGAUAAGGUUACGCGAGGAAUGAUGGAUCAUGUACGUAGGUCAGCUCAGGGAUAUAUAUAGAGGAGAAUCGUGCGGAGAAUGAGGAGCAGUGAGGUAUAUAUUGUUCCCAUCAUGCACCCAGAGUAUCCGUCCCUCCUGUCGCCGAACCGUAUCAGAUGAAGCUGCACCCGUAAUCGAAUUCGAAAAAUCGCAAACAUGAGUGUUAGCAACGAAGAAGAAAUCCUGGUCACCAGUCGCAAUAAAGCGCCGUCGAUUAUCAAUGUCACCUCGCACAAUGAGCGAGUAUUCGCUCAGUUACCUGAUAUGAUCCAAGAAGCUCUCGUUUCUACCGAAUUUUCGGCGCCCAAUUUAAAAAUCAGUCGUGUACACAAUGCGCGCACUAUCGAUUCAGGCUUCAUGACACAGCCAAUGUUCUAUAUUACACCCAGCAACGAAUCCAGUGUCAGCAUGCCAGAUCUUACCCUAACGGACGAGAGCAUCCUUUCCAAAUUCGGCAGCGAACUGACCGCCAAUUUCGCGGAUAUAAAAGCUCAUGGCUCAGCCGCGUUUUUCCAAAAAGAAAAUAUGAGUGACGGGGCGACAUAUUCUCUCUGUGCGUGUGCGACGGGUUAUAUAUGGGUAUAUGUAUCGCCCAGUAGCAUUGUUGACGAUCUCGAGGCUGCGGAUGAGGGAUGGGGCGAAUUUUCACGACUGGAGAUACAGAUUGGGACGUUUGCGCUGCGCAAGAAAGCAAUUACCACGAUUGAGAUACCGUGUCAUUAUCGCACUGGAAAAGUAGUCGCACAUAUGAAUGGAGAUUUAUCAUUACUAUGUUCGACGGUACUGGCAAAGUAUUUGAGAUUUAGAAUGAUGGGAUGUCAAUAUGAAUAUGCGGCUGAGAAUGCAAUCAAGGAAACGAGGAAACAAUUGGCGCAUCUGAGGAUUGUGGAUCCCGGGAUUUUCAGGGGCUUGGAAAGGAUGUUGAGGGAGAUUUGUACGAAUGCCCCGAUGCCGCCGACGAGUGUGGUGAGUCUUAUUUCAAGAAGUAUGAUCAGGGGACGUUGGGAGGUUUGGGGGGAUAGAAAAGUUUUGAGAAGGAAAUAUUCACUGCCUGGACGGGUCAUGCAAAGUUUUAAGAAAGGGGAUGCUGAUCCUAUUGAUUUGUUGAGUGAGAGCUAUAAAGUUUUGAGAUUGGAGAAGAAGAAAGUUAGUAUGGGUGGGGCGAGAGAUUCAUGAUCGCCUCCGCAGGCGAAAGGAGUGUUUGCGAUUUUAAGAGACGGGAACCAUUAUGCGAUCGAUGUUUGGCGCUGCAUAGCAUGUUAGUACCGGAUUACAUUGGCGUAUUAUCAGCGAGUAACGAAUAACGAAUAAUGAAUAUCAUAGACUUACCCCA